AUGUACCUUCGACAACCUAUCCAUGGAUUUCACCAACUGCAGGCCAUUGCAGACUUCCCACUUGACCAAUGGACCAUUGAUACUUUGACCUUGACCGUGAUCCUCACUGGUUUACUCUACCUAUCUGGUAGCCCAAAAAGAAUGAUGCUUCUUUAUGGAUACUCCCUGGCACCGGUUGUCAGAAAACUUGCCCUGGACUCCCUUCACCCAAACCUGGUGUGA